AGAAGACUCACGCCACCUAUCCAUGCCUCCCCCUCUCUAUCUACACAGCUUCCAUGUGCUACCAGUCAAUAAAUACAUAGAUUCCAAGAUUUAGACACAAAUACCCUUUUUUUAAUUAAUUUUCUUUACCUCUCUCUUUCUUAAUUUUUGUAAUGUGGUGUUUUAACUGUAAUUCUCUCUCCUUGCCGCCGCUAUUCUCUGACUAACAAAAGGUUUUAAACUCGAAGUUGGUAUGUUCUCGAGUUCGAUUUGCUCGUAUUUUGUUAAAAAAUAUAGACUUCGACGAAGUCUUUUGAUGAAAGCUUUGGGGUUUGACCUUUAGGUUAGCCGUUACCUGAAAUAACACUUUCUCUCAUUUGGGGUUUGGAUUUUACUGGUUUGCGUGAUAAGGUGGCAACAAUUGCGUGUUUUCCCAUUUUCAUAGCCAUCUGGAAACAGUUUUGUUUAUGCUUUAAAAAGGGAACAGGCGCCAUGGUUUUAGGGUUUGAUAAAAAAGUGCUUCUCUUUCUCGUGAAGGAGCAGUGACAGGUCGGUGUUUUAACAACCGCCCUCUGAGUCUGAAACCUCUCAGAUCUACUCUAGGUUGUUUCUUUAGUUAUUAGUUGAAGUUUGCACAAGUCAUUUGGUGCUUAGAGUGACUACCAAGCCUACUAAGUAUCUAAGUAUUUGGAUUGAAGUAUGGGUGGUAAAAGUUCUAAAGAGACAAGGUGGAAGCAGACCCCAUCAUAUGGUUGUAGUACUUCUUCAUUGAACUACCCUGCACCCUCCUACACAUCUCAACAAGCACCCCCUUCUGUAAACUACGGCCAGCCAGAUCCAAGACGUAAAUUGGAAAGGAGGUAUUCUCGGAUAGCUGACAACUACAGCUCCCUUGAACAAGUUACUGAGGCUCUUGCACAAGCUGGGCUUGAGUCUUCGAAUCUUAUUGUCGGUAUCGAUUUUACAAAAAGCAAUGAGUGGACAGGUAGAAGAUCAUUUAAUGGCCGGUGCUUACAUCAUAUUGGGGAUACUUCCAACCCUUACGAGCAAGCAAUUUCUAUUAUUGGACGAACUUUGUCUGCCUUUGACGAGGAUAACUUGAUUCCCUGUUUUGGGUUUGGAGAUGCGUCAACACAUGAUCAAGAAGUCUUCAGUUUCUAUCCUGAUGAGAAGCUUUGUUGUGGUUUUGAGGAAGCACUUAGUCGGUACAGGGAGAUAGUUCCAUACCUCAAGCUUGCUGGGCCAACUUCUUUUGCCCCAAUUAUUGAAGCAGCGAUAAGCAUUGUAGAGAGCAGUGGUGGUCAGUACCAUGUUCUGUUGAUAAUUGCUGAUGGACAGGUUACAAGAAGUGUUAACACAGAUCAUGGCCAAUUAAGCCCACAGGAGCAGCAAACAGUUGAUGCAAUUGUGAAAGCGAGUGACUAUCCAUUGUCAAUAGUGUUGGUUGGAGUUGGUGAUGGACCUUGGGACAUGAUGCGACAAUUUGAUGAUAACAUCCCCUCUCGGGCUUUUGAUAAUUUCCAGUUUGUGAAUUUCACAGAAAUUAUGUCAAAAAAUGUGCCGUCAUUGAGAAAGGAGACAGAAUUCGCGCUUGCAGCAUUGAUGGAAAUUCCUUCACAAUACAAAGCAACAUUAGAGCUCAAUAUCUUGGGUCGCCGAAGAGGGAGGGCUCCUGAAAGGGUUUGUCUCCCCCCCCCUAUUGACAAUUAUGGUGGAGCUUCUUUACCCUCGAAGAACUCGCGGGCUGCUAGUUUUCAACAGAGUACUAGUUUCCAUCAAAGCACAUCAUCCAAUCAUGGAUACGACACUAGUAUGAGCUCGGCUCCACCUGCUAGUGCUGCUUGGGAUAACCAGUCUUGCCCCAUUUGCCUCACCAAUAACAAAAACAUGGCUUUUGGGUGUGGUCAUCAGACUUGCUGUGAUUGUGGACAAGACCUUCAAUUGUGUCCCAUUUGCCGCAGUCACAUAGAUACCAGAAUAAAGCUCUACUAGAGGUCCGGCCACUCAUUUCCUCUAUGAGCACAUUGUGCAAGAUGCAGACUCGGAAAGAUAUCAAUGUGGCUUUUCCAUUCAUCUUCUUGACCUGUGGUUUAAACAUAUCAUGUAAAUCGCAGACGAAUUCAAUGCAAGUGGGUUGCGAGUGGGUUGCUGAUGAACCAUCAACCUGAAAUUCUUGCUUCUCUGGUAGGGAAUGUGUCAAUCAGCUGGAGCAGCAUGAAAUAAUAACCUCAGGGUUGUUUAUAUCGAGAAUGGUACCCGUGUGUUCUUUUCUUUACCCCUUUUGCUUUCAUUUCAUCUAUUGGUUCUUUCGUGUCCCUUUGCCUUCGGGUAAAUUAUUUUUCCCUUAAUUUUCCUGGGGAUGAAUCGGUAAAACAAUUUUUGGGAAACUUGGGGAUGCUUUUGGUUUUUUUGCAUUUGCUUUUACUCUGAUUUAUGUAUACAUAUUUUUUUCAUUGGAAGUUCUUUUUUGGGUGAUUAUGGGACUUUUGGCUUUCGACUUUGUUCUUUCUAGGAUCAGCAUUUGCUAAACCAUGGAAACUUGUGCGUGUUUGUUGUUGAUAUGUUCAUACAAUUGGAUAUAUUUUUUAAUCUAAUUGAUAACAGAUAAAAUGUA